ACUCUUCGUCUGGGAGAUUCGUACGGCGAUGAUCAUUAAGCAACUGGAGGGACCUUCCACUGAAGGCGUGGUGAGCUUAACAUGGCACCCCCACGUCCCUGGGAUGAUUGCCAGUGUAUCGUCUGCAGGACUGUGCUAUGUGUGGAAUGCGAGUGUGCGUGAGAGCUGGAGCGCCUACACCACAGGCUUCACGGAACUGAAGUUCAAUAUCAUCUACACAGAGCGAGAGGACGAAUUUGACAGUGAGGUGCCUAUCACCAAGGAG